CGUCGCAGCGAGCUGCGCACACACAUCGCGCCAAACGAACGAACCGACCCGAGGAAGACGCGAACGUGCGAGGGCGCAACCGCGACCGCGGAUAUAAUCAGUUGCUCGCCGCUCGCGGACGAACAGUAAGAAAAGCAAAGGCUCCGCGCAACGAGCAUGCCAAACCCAAUCCGGACGCCAAACGAUCACGUGCAGACCCGUGCGCAGAACGCAGCAGCAGCCCACGUUUUUCUGUUUCCGAGUUUUCCUACUCCGCCGUUCCGUUCCGUUGUUACGCUGUCUCUCCUCAAGUGGUAGUGGUUGGUUGAAACGUUAUUUUAGUGGCAGAAAAUAAAAGCAAAGUUUAAAUUUUCAAGUGCAGUGGCCGUGGUUUGCGGGAAAGGAAAAAGGCAUCACACGGCUCCAACGUGUGCUUCACAGUGUACUUCAAAGCAAUAGACGUCUAGGAGACGACUGUGUGUGUGUGUGUGCGUGUUUGUGUGCUGCGUAUGCGAUCUCCAUCCAGUGUGUGCUGGGUGCGUUUCGCGAGCAUCAGCAAGGUCAAAAGGUUCUGGAAGGAUCGACAGAUCCAAGGAGUGGAGCGAUGAUCGAUUAACGCUCUCAAAGGGCGCGUGUGUUUGUGUGUGUGUGUCUGUCUGUCUGUGUGAGGGAAAAAAGCACGAUCAAUUGCGUGGGCCCGGUAGACGCACCCAAAUCCGAUCGAUGUAGUCCCUUCCUUGGGCAUCCUUGACGCAUCCGUUUCCCAAUCGCCCGCCAAUCUGUGUUCCCAGCGCCUCCCGCAUUGUGCAAGCCCAGUGCAUAAGUAGCAAAGCGUGAACACACGAAUCCUCCUUAUCGGGGUGUUGCUUUAUUGGUCGCUGCAGUACCUAAGAUAAGGCGUUUGUAAAAGAUGCAUUCGCCGGGAGCCGCCGCGUACGUGUUUCUCCAGUGCCUGGUCGCUUUGGUUGCGGCCGUGAUAGCGCAGAGCGGUGCCGAUCAGCCGCCCACGACAGUGGUAGAGGUGACGGCACACGGCAGCGUCAGCAUGACGCCACCGACACCACGGUCACCGUUGCUGAACGAGACGGAGCUGGUGGAGCUGAACCAGCCCGGCAGUACGGCGGUGUUCGUCGCCCUACCGACCAACCCACCGACCGUUUCGGUCGACAGUUCCAGCACCUCGACGGUGGCUUCCACCCAGGAACCGACGUCCACCACCGAACGGACCAUGUCGCCGGAGGAGAUACAGAAGCUGCUGCUGCCGCCGGCCACGGUUGAGGCGGACAUCUUGCACGUGAAUGCAACGGACGACAAUCGGCCAGAUGCCAAGUCCAGCGGCAAAGACUCUGAGUGUCCCACGCUAGAAGGAGCGGACCAUCUUUCACAGACGCAACUUCUGACGCGAUUAACACAUGUCUGUCGGUACGAUCGGCUAGAGCGUCCCAAGCGAGAAUCCAUCAACGGUACAAACGGCCCGGUAAAGGUGUACGCCCGUGCCUACAUCUAUUUUAUGCAAAAUUUAGAAGCACACGAUUUGCAAUUUAAGAUACACGCACUGCUCCAGUUCCGCUACGUCGAUCCGCGGUUGGUGUUCCGGGAGGUGGCACCGAACCGAACGAAACCGAUCAUGGGCGAACAGUCGCUGCGUGAUCUGCUCUGGGUGCCGCACGUCUUCCUCGCGAACGAGCGCAGCUCCGACAUACUGGGCACGGCCGAGAAGGACAUCCUUACCUCGAUCUCACCCGACGGUACGGUGAUUGUAUCGACGCGCAUCAGCGCCACCCUGUACUGCUGGAUGAAUCUGCAGAAGUUCCCGUUCGACGAGCAGCACUGUUCCACCGUGCUGGAGAGCUGGAUGUACAAUGAGGACGAUUUGGUGCUACUCUGGGAGCACAAAUCCCCUGUAACGCUGGCUCCGGAGCUGCAUCUCACCGAGUACGUGCUGCUGGAGAUGUUCACCAACGAGACGGUUAUCAAUGCGGAUCUGAGUGAUCUUCGCCAUGGUGCUUUCGCUGGUAACUACAGCUCGCUCAGCUUCACCGUACAUCUGGCGCGCGAGAUGGGCUUCUACAUGAUGGAUUACUUCAUCCCCUCGAUCAUGUUGGUCGCUAUCUCGUGGGUCACCUUCUGGCUGCAGGCGGAUCAGUCUGCGCCCCGCAUUACGCUCGGCACUAGCACCAUGCUGACGUUUAUUACGCUAGCUUCCGCCCAAGGCAAAACGCUCCCGAAGGUCAGCUACAUUAAGGCGUCCGAGAUCUGGUUCCUCGGCUGUACCGGGUUCAUCUUUGGCAGUUUGGUUGAGUUCGCCUUCGUCAAUACGAUCUGGCGCCGGAAGCGCAACGUGGAGGUGAAGAAGGUUAACAGUAAGCACGUGCUCAAGCAGGCCAUCACACCGCGGCCGGCGCGCAAGGACAUGAGCGGGCUGCACAAGUCACACUCCUGCACUUCGCUGGCCGACUCUGCCACGACCGUUUCGGCCAACUCCUUCAACAACUAUCUAACCGUGCAUGUAAGCAUAGAUCAGUGCGUGCUAUUCCUUGUAAAUACAAUAUGUUUAACCAUUAUUUUAUCUUUUACUCAAAAGUCCAUCCCUCAAAAGAGCCCCAGCAGUGCCACCCUGCCCAUCAUCUCGACGACCGAUGUUGAUCGGGCAAUGACGGAAGCCUCCAACGUUACGAUCCAGAUCGAGGGCCAAACGAGCAAUGUGAACGGAAACGGCUGGACCACGAUGACACCGCAAGAGGUGGCGAUCUGGAUCGACAAACGGUCACGCUUCGUCUUCCCGAUCGCGUUCGUGAUCUUCAACAUAUUCUACUGGACGUUCGUGUACUACGUUUGAGGAGACCCGGCCAUACAAGUAUGGUUUACAGUCAUUGGGUUGUUUUAGUUGCAAACAACGAUCCGGAGCCUAGUUCGGCCGGAUGCACCGGAAAGUAUUAUACUGCGAGGCAGUGAGGGACAACAGCCUUGUGCUGGCCUUGUAGAGUCGCCUUUUUGUGUGUUUGUGUGUGUGUAUGUGUGUGUGUUUCUAAGUAAAACACUUUCUUACCGAAGAUUAAACACUUAGCGAUAAUUAUUUAUUUGAACGACGUGCCUAAGACCUACCUACUGUGUGCAUAGUUAUAAACGAAACAAAAAAGUGAAUAAAUCCUGAUACAACAAGUUGAACUGAUUAA